AUGGCCGCGUUUAACACCCUGGAGACCUGCACCAUCUGCAGCAAGCCCAUCAUGGAGCGCAUCCUGCGGGCCACGGGGAAGGCCUACCACCCCCACUGCUUCACCUGCGUGGUGUGCCACCGCAGCCUGGACGGCAUCCCCUUCACCGUGGACGCCUCCAACCACAUCCACUGCAUCGAGGACUUCCACAAGAAGUUUGCUCCGCGCUGCUGUGUGUGCUCCGAGCCCAUAAUGCCGGCGCCCGGCCAGGAGGAAACCGUUCGCAUCGUGGCCCUGGACCGCGACUUCCACGUGCAGUGUUACCGCUGCGAGGACUGUGGCUCUCUGCUCUCGGAGGGGGAUAACCAGGGCUGCUAUCCCCUGGACGGACACGUCCUCUGCAAAAACUGUAACACCAACCGCAUCCAGGCGCUGACCGCCAAGGCCACCACUGACCUCUGA